AUGGCUGUAAGGGAACAUUUUUAUUUAGUGCUGCACGGUCUUUGGAGUCUGAUUAAAGGGCGUCAACCGCUGCUGCUGCCCUCAGCAGCAGCAGCAGCAGCAGCAGCAGCAGCUGGUGGUGGUGGUGGGGGUAAUGCUGUUGUUGCUGCUGCUGGAGUGCUGACGCCGCAGCAGUUUGCUGCAGCAAAGCAGCAGCAGCAGCACCGCGCAACAGCAAAAGGAGUAACAUCAGCAGCAGCAGCAGCAGCAGCAGCAGCAGCAGCAGCAGAUGUUGCUGCUGCGCAAAGGAGAGAGGCCUUCCUUGGGGGCCCCUUAAUGCCGUACGAUUUCAACUGCAUUUCUGCUGUCAGAGCCUCAAGGGCUCUCCGUGCUGCAGUGCGCCAAGGCCUCCACCUGCAGCAGCAGCAGCAGCAGCAGCAGCAGCAGCAGCAGCAGGAGUAUCUGCAGUAUCUGCUGGAGAGGGUAUUGGAGCUGCAGCAGCGAGUUCAAUAUUGCUGCUGCAUCAAACCCUCUUUCAUUACUUUACGCUUUGCCUUGAGGCCCCUACAAAACGUGCAUGAUUCCCUUGCUGCUCUGCUGCAGCAGCAGCAACAGCAGCAGCAGCAGCAACAGCAGCAGCAGCAGCAGCAGCAGCAGCAGCAGGGGAAAGGAACAGCAGCAGCAGCAACAGCAGCAACUGCUGCUGCUGCUGCUGCUUGUCGAGGUCUAACUGCAGCAGAACAGCGCGCAGUUGACCGCAGCAGCGAAGUAUUCCGCAGCCGCGUUGCGAAGGCGACAGCAGCACAGAGUCUAUUAGUGCCUGUGGACUAUCUCGAGGGCCCCGGAGGCGCUGCUUUGCUGAGGAGACAGACAGCUGAAGGAGACAGCUGGAGAGACGUUGCUCUGCUGCUGCGCUCAAUAGGAAAUGCAGCAGCAAAGCAAGCACCGCCGCAGCUCCUAAAGGCCCUCAAGCAGCAGCAGCAGCAGCAGCAGCAGCAGCAAGGAGGGCGUCUCACUGUGGAUCAGUGGCUUGCAGCGGCAAUGCAGGCGUACGGGAGGGGUUUGAGGGACCUGGAGGCUGCUUCGUGGUUUACAGAGUCUGCUGCAGUGUCUCUGCUGCCGCAGCAGCUUGCUGCUGCGCUGCAGCUGCAUUUAGAGCCUCUUGUUGAGAGGCCCUGGCGAGGGUCAUUUUUUGGGUUUUCAUAUUUAAGUGAAGUAUUUGCGGUGUACGACGAGCUGCGUAUUGAUUCUUUAUAUUCAUCUGCUGGAAACCCUAAACCCUCGGGGUUUGUGCAGCUGAAGGUGCUGGCGCAUGAGUUAGGCCACGCUUUCAAGGAACUUCUUCAAGAAGACCCGAUGUAUUUUUCAAGGGAGCGGCCGCUGGACUUUGACGAGACAUUCGCCCUACUAGCAGAGUUAGACACAUCAACUAGCUAG